AUGCUCAGGUCAACAUACAAGCCGUCUGCAAAUGCCGCGGCGCAGGCUCCCCUCCUUCCGGGAUGGACAGAGCACACGGCGCCGACGGGGCAUAAGUACUAUUACAACGCCGAAACAAAGGAAUCAACAUACACGAGACCCAGCGCGCCGGACGCCGCCGCUGCUCAAGUACCCCCAGUACCAUCGGCAUCGGCAAGCUUUUACCAGUACCAGACAAUCCCUCAGCUUUCCGAUCCAAACGUCGCGAACGCAUACCUCGCGCAACACAAUGCGCAAAACCAGCCACCCCCUUCUCAACGUGGGGGGUUCGGACAUGGGGGGAGAGGUGGUAGAGGUGGUAGAGAUGGAGGACGGCCACGCCCGGAACCAUUAGACAAGCCCAAGUCGAAAGUCGCGAUUCCCGGUCACGAGCCUUGGAUUCUCGUACAUACCAAGUACGGUCGUCGAUUUGUCUACAACCCCGCCAAGAAUACAAGCUACUGGCGCAUUCCGGAGAAGCUCAUGCCGGGAAUCUUGGAGCUUGACAAGGCUAGGAUACGCGAGAAGGCAGGAAUUGAGAGCGCCGAAACAGCUGGUGCAAAGAGUCCCACAGCAGAGCCAAAGCCUCCUCGAGAGGUCAGUGAAGGAGUGCCUCAAGGCGACAAUGACGACAGUUCGGAGUACGAAGAAGUGGAGGUCACAGAUGACGAGGGUGAAGGAGACGAGGGUGAAGGAGAAGAUGGCGAGGAGGGACACGAUUCAAAGCGUCAGCGCACAGAAGACCAGGCCGAUGACGCACCGGUCGAGUUCAGCGAGGCUGAUAUUGCUUUCCAACUCCAAGCAAUGGGUGAGGCUUACGGACUCGACCCCGGCGAGUAUGACGACGGAAACAUGGACGAAUGGCCAGAAGGGGCAGAGGGGGUGGAAUUCUCACAGGAAGAUGCCGUCGCACUGUUCAGAGACCUUCUCGACGACUACAACAUCAACCCUUACAAUACAUGGGAGAAGCUUGUCGAAGAUGGGCACGUCAUAGACGAUCCAAGAUACACAAUUCUCAACACGAUGAAAGCAAGGAAGGAGGUUUGGCAAGAAUGGUCCAAAGACAAGAUCAGAGAAAUCAAAGAGCUUCGUGCAAAGGCAGAGAAGAAGGAUCCUCGGAUACCUUACAUGACGCUACUGCAGGAAAAAGCUUCACCCAAGCUCUUCUGGCAAGAAUUCAAGAGGAAAUAUCGGAAGGAGCCGGCAAUGACGGACCCUUACAUCAAAGACAAGGACCGCGAGAAAUGGUACCGGGAGCAUAUUAGCCGUUUAAAGAUGCCCCAAGCAACACUCAAAACGGACCUUGCCACACUUCUCAAGUCACUGCCACUUUCUGCACUGAACAACAAGACGAAUCUGUCACGCCUGCCGCCGCAGCUGCUGGUUGACAUCAGAUACAUUUCCCUGCCGCCGCAGGUGAGGGACCCUCUGGUGGAGGCGUACAUCCAGACCCUGGGCCCGCCGCCAGAAGGCGAUACCACCCAAGAAGAAGAUGAGGCGACGCGGAAGGCCCGUGAGGCUAGAGAACGGAGAGAAAAGGCGCUGCAAGAGCAUGAAGAGAAGAUUGCGGAACAGAAGCGCCGACAGCAGCGAAGUCUAGAAAUGGGAAAGGCCAGGCUACGGGAGGAAGAGCGGGAGAUUGAGCGGGCAAUGCAGGUUAGCAAGCGCGGUCUGCAAAGCCAGCUGGCGAGCGUCCAGCUUAACGAAUCCGAUGCAUCAUAA